AUGGACUUGUCAGCGUUGAGUGGCAUUAUUAUGGCCAGUGAGCAGCUUGAACAUACAUGAUGAUUAACUAUAACUUUUGACUAUUGAUUAGAGAGAGACAAAGGAGCACUUUUACACGUUGUGGAGGAUGCUGAAGAUAGAUGGUUUAAGUGGUUAGGAAAUUGAUAUUGAUAGGGUGUUGCUAUAGAUAGCGUUUGGACUUGUUACUUCUAAAACUGUCAGCAUCUCGGGAAAUGACAAGGGGCACGACGAUGCAGCGACGAUUUCUACAUCAUGCACAUGGGGCUCCCUGCCGACGCCGAGCUCGACCGCAGGCCGCUCUUCGACGUCUUAUGUUCGUGGUCUGUCCGGUACGAGCAGAGUCGUGCAACUCAACAUGGAGAAUUCUGAGGCCACGAUGGAGAAGGAGAAGAUUUUACGGCAGAAAGAAAGUUCACACGAGCCACUGAAAUAUAUGUCGCGGAGCAAUCAGAGUUCGCUAUGGAAGCGAACAAGAGGAAGCUGCCGACAACUUGGGUGUACCAAACAGCGUCGUGCGCUGCCAGCUACGAAAAGUGGGAGAAGCACGGACUCAGCUUGGUCUAUGCGUCCACUGGGGUCGCAUGGAGUCCCCUUUUGCGCUGUUUCUACAAGGACGCGCAGGAGCUCUUCUUCCGACGCUGGCACAUGCGAACGGGUGGCAACCGAGGCGGCAACGGUGCUGACGACAAGAUGGCUCCCCUAG